GAGAGAGAGAGAGAGAGAGAGAGAGAGAGGGGAGGGGGCGGACACAGACGUACUAAAACCAAUGCAUCAAACCAAUGCACUGCUUGGAGUGUGAUGCGUCAGCAGUACAUUCACGUUUCCACUGAAGGACAAAAAGAAGAGCAGGCAUGUAAGCCUGCAUCCCGGGUGCCUGUUACUGCACCACGGAACAUAGCAAAAAAACAUCGGAGCACAGAGGGAGGAAGGUGGACUAACCCAGGGCUAGUGAGGUUCAAAAUAAAAAGGACAGAAAGGAGGGAGCAAGCGAAGAUGUUGGCAUGGGGAGCCCCUAUUCCCAAGCCUUAGCGCUCAUCCACCAGCUCGAGCAGGACAGCUGUGCAGCUGACAAUGGUGAGAGCUCCAACUCUGCACUGAGCUCAGGGCACUGCAGCGCUAUACGGUUACUUCUCUGAUCAACACAACGUCACAGACAGGGGGGAGAAACGCUCUCUCUUUUUUCUCUCAUUCCAGGGAGAGAGAGAGCGCACGCUCGAAAGCGGGAGAGAGCGAAGGAGAACGAGGCAGAGAGAGAGCGAUCGCUCUACAGUGAACGAGCCUUCUUACGGAGCUGCCUCUGCACUGGUACCCCCUUUAUACCUUCCCUGGACUCUAGUCAUCAACUUCUUACAGAAAAAUUUAAGGAUUAUCAGGAAGCAUGUAGAAAAAACCCUGCAGCCUUCGCAGCGUGCAAGCGUGAGUGCACGGGGAAAGAACACGGAGCCACUUAAAAGAAAUGCGCUAAUGACCGCAGUGUCACCGUCUUUUCAGGUGGACAAGGAGCUGACAAAUCGAGCAGACAAAACAUACUGAGAGAGAAGGAGACGGACAAAGUAAACAUGUGUGAGCAGUCCUCUAUGAAGACACAGGCAUUUAGUAGCAGCAUCAAGUGGAGGUAUCCAAGGACAAGCAUCUGUGGAUAGUUUGAGAGCGAGCGCUCCUAUAGGAGCCAAACUGGAGUGGUACUUUUGCCUGAAGCUCUGAAGCCCUGCAGAGCUGCUAAACGUCUCCUCGGAUGCUCCUCUGUGGAUUUAUUAGGGGCCAUUUUGGCAUUCAUCUCUUGUUUUCUGACAAAUGAAAAAAGAGAAGAUGUUGCUUGUCGUGGGAAUAUAGGAAUUUGAGGGGAAAAAAAAUCUAUUUUGUGAUUGCAAAAAUUGGACGUGUAAAACCUUUGAGGUAGGUGUUGAGCCUUUCCAACCCUUUUUUAUACAUAAAAUAUAUCCCCUCAUUUUAUUUGAUUCAUUACUCCUUGGCUUUUCAGUUCUCCAUUUUUACUCAAGUACUUGUCACUGAACGUUUAGCCUCCAGUUCAGUAAAUGGAAAAACAAUCUAGAGUGUUGUUUAACCCAGGGUAGGGCUUCAUUAGUCAGAGGUGAACCCCACCCCUUCCCCCCACUUACUACCCCCCUCUCCCCAACCACCAUCAUCACCCCACAACCCCACCCCCCAGACGAUGCUGAAUUAUGAAUGUGCCACAUCAUGAGUCUCCUGGGGCGGGUAGCUGUGCGUCGAGCCAGGAAAGCCGCCCUGCUCUGUGUCCUGUUCCUCAUGGUUCAACCGUGCAUGGAGGUGGCGGCCGCGGCAGGGCCCCAGGGCUGCCCGACUGAUUGCUCCUGCAACAACCAGCUCAGCAAGGUGGUGUGCACUAGGCGUGGGCUCACUCGUGUACCACCAGGUAUACCCAGCAACACCCGACACCUAAACCUGAUGGAAAAUGCCAUCGAGGCUGUGCAGGCCGACUCUUUCCGCAAUCUCCAUCACCUGGAGAUACUGCAGCUGGGCCGCAAUGCAAUUAGACAGAUUGAAGUGGGUGCCUUCAGUGGACUGACUAAUCUCAAUACACUGGAACUAUUUGAUAACCGGUUGACAGUGGUGCCAAGUGGGGCAUUUGAGUAUCUGUCCAAGCUGCGAGAGCUGUGGCUGAGAAAUAACCCCAUUGAAAGCAUCCCAUCAUAUGCAUUUAACCGAGUGCCAUCCCUAAUGAGAUUGGACCUGGGUGAACUGAAGAAACUGGAGUACAUCUCAGAUGGGGCCUUUGAAGGUCUAGUCAACCUCAAGUACCUCAAUCUGGGGAUGUGCAAUAUUAGAGGGGAGAUGCCCAACCUGACGCCUCUGGUUGGGCUCGAGGAUCUAGAAAUCUCUGAGAACCUCUUUCCUGAGAUUAAACCAGGUUCAUUCAGAGGACUAUCUUCACUCAAAAAAUUAUGGAUCAUGAACUCUCAAAUAGGGCUAAUUGAGCGAAAUGCAUUUGAUGACCUGGCCUCUUUGGUGGAGCUGAAUUUGGCCCAUAACAAUCUAAGCUCACUGCCCCAUGACCUCUUUACACCACUGAAAUUCCUGGUGGAAAUUCACCUCCACCACAAUCCAUGGAACUGUGGCUGCGACUCACUCUGGCUAGCACGCUGGCUACGCGAGUACAUACCGACGAACUCUACAUGCUGUGGGCGUUGUCACUCUCCUGCACACAUGAGAGGCCGCCAGUUGGUUGAGCUGGACCGAGGUGAUACAGGGGCAAUGCAGUGCUCCGCUCCUUUUAUCUCAGAUGCUCCAAGAGACCUGAAUAUUUCUGGGGAACGUGUGGCAGAACUGCGAUGUCGAACAGCAGCAAUGUCUGCUGUGCGAUGGCUCCUACCGAACGGGACAGUUCUAACUCACGCAUCAAGCCACCCACGGAUAACCGUGCUGAAUGACGGGACUCUGAACUUUUCGAACGUGCUAGCAGGUGACACGGGCAUGUAUACCUGCAUGGUGUCCAACGCGGCUGGAAAUUCCAAUGCUUCGGCCUAUCUAAACGUAAGUGCUGCUGAGCUCAACACGUCCAACCUCAGCUACUUAACCACAGUCACAGUGGAGGUACUGAGCCCCGGAAAUGAAAUGCCCAAGCCUAAAUCCACCACGACUACAGCAGGUGAUAGCACCACUACGACGGCCUCACCAUCCGUCUUUCAGCCAGUUUUCAUCUCUACACCGACAGUACUGCUCCAGAGUACCGACACUCCACGAAAUCGCCCAUCUGUUGUACCUGGCUCAAAAUCGACGACAGGAAAACCGCCCAACCCAGCCAGUACCAGUCUGGACGAGGUGAUGAAGACAACAAAGAUCAUUAUCGGUUGUUUUGUGGCAGUAACCUUGCUAGCAGCAAUCAUGUUAAUUGUAUUUUAUAAACUACGAAAGCGGCAUCAGCAGAGGAGCACAGUGGAUGCAGACAGAAGUGUGGAGAUUAUUCAGGUAGAGGAAGCACCGGCAUCUGCUGCCAAUAUGGCAGAGGAGGGGGGACGGACUCUACCAGAGAUAAGGGAUCAUAACAUUAUUUACAAACUGGACUACAACACCCACAAAUCUGAUUAUGGCUACAAACCAAAACUAGAAUGCAGUACCCAUAAAGCAAAGGAUGAUUUCGGCAUCCACAUACAUAAAUCAGACUACAACACCUACAAACCUAAAACAAACUAUAUGCACCAACCUACUUUGGAACACAUCUCUUACAAAAUGACGGACUGUACACACAAGUCAUUGCCAGAUUAUUACGUACACAAAAAAGAUGAGCAGAGCCCCUACAAACAUGGAUAUAGUUCUCAAAAACCUGAAUACAAAUCUCAUACUCCUAAACCAGACUUCAGUCCAUUCAAACCAGACUACGGUGUUCCAAAAUCCAAAACGAACUACAAUAUGCCCAAGCUCAAAUCUGAAUGCAACCCCUUCAAGACAGACAGCAGCUUUUUUAAACCUGACUUCAAUGCUUUCAAGUCAGAGUUCAGCUCCCUCAAAAAAGAAUACGUCAGUUGUGACUUCAGCCCUCACAAAUACAAAAUGGAUUACAGCCCCCAAAACGUGGACAACAGUCCACAUAAGAUCGACUACAGCACCUUGAAACCCAAAUACAACACUUACAAGCCACCGGGCCAUGGUGCCAAAUGGACAGAAAGCAACAGCAUUGGAAAUUCUUUGCCUCGAACCUUGCCCAGUGCUAUCACAGAUUCUCCUGAGGACCGUGUUAAAAAAACUCACACUAAGGAGAAAGUACAAGAGACUCAGAUAUAGUCUGGCCCACAACAAAUUCGAACCUCAGUCAAAAUGACUCUCUCUCUCCCUAUAGGCCCACCCUCACAUGAGCAUUAAAACAUGCAAUAUAAUGCACAAAAGAUGAGAAAAAAAAAGACAGGAACCACUUUUUUUUGUACAGAGUGCAAUUCUUAAAGACUGAUUGUUGUUGUACAUGCUUAUAAAUAAAUAUAUAUGGAAAAACUGAAACUACCAUGGGCUGGUAAUAGAAAAGCAGAUUAUAUAAAAAAAAAAUUGAAAUUAUUUUUUAACUUAUAACUCCUAUUUAAAAGAUGAGUUGUUUUAAGACGCUUUACAGAAUUUAAGAUACGAGGGUAGUCUUGUUUAAAAGGGCAUUCUGUGUGAUUUCUAAACAACGCUACAGAGAAUGCAGUGGAAAAAUACAAAAAAGAAAAAAACAUUUAUACUGAGAAGUCUUUCUUUUAAAAAACAGAACAGUAAAAGGUCAGUGUUGAUCUUUGCAGGUUUAUCUUGUAAAAGCACCAUAAAUUUGUACUGUGCCAAAUGUUACAAAUGCAAUAAAAGGAUUUUUGGAAGAAAAGAAAAAAGAAGAACCAUUAAUUUUUUUUCUCUCUCUUGAUGUACUGUUGCAAUCAGCCAAAUGCUUUAGACACUGCAGUAGAGCUCACUGCAGUUCUGCUUUAACCCUCGGAGUGCUGGGUGCCGCUUAAGUCUAAAGGCUGGGCAGAGGCUGCUUUUCUCCCUUUUUCUUUUUACUUUGUAUGCUUUUCAGUGCUGCACUGGCUUAACUGAGCUUACAUAUAAUUUAUUGGUGAUAUGCUAUUUUACAUCACAAGAGAUGGCUUGUUUUAAAAACUUACAUAUUUCACUGCAUUAUUUCCAAAGUUCUGCUAUUAGCGUCAGGUAAACGUGAUAAUGAGGUUGUUGAAUGUUGUUGUCGUCUGGACAAUUAAUGCCUGCGGAAGGCUUCAAAAUAUAUUAAAAUGGUGAGGUCUGCACAAAAAAAGCUGGCCUGCCUUCCCCUUUAGCACUUAAGAACAGUCUGGUUAAAAAUAAGUGGUUAAGCAAUCUGAAAAACAUUCGGAUUGAAGCAUCCAUUUCUAACAAUGUUUUUACUAGAACUGAGCGAUGCAUGUACAUAAAACAUGACGCACAAAAAUUGUCUUGAUAAAUUCAGGAUUUUUUUUUUUUUUUUACCAGCAAUUUCCUCUGCACGUUGCAAUCCAAUGCAUUAGACUUUGACACCACAUGGACGGGAAGUUUUCAUAAAUCAAGCAGAUUCUGUAUGGUCGUAAGAGGUGCGUCAUGACAUAUCGCACAGGCUUUUAAGGUUUGACUGCGACGUGUACAUUAUUGUGUUCCUCUCACUUGUUCAGAAAGGCUUGUUUAAGUGUCAGCAAGUGCUUUUUACCAUGGCUAAUUGAAAUGCAAUAAUAAGAAAUAAGGAACAGUAGAAAAAAAUGAGGUCAUAAAUUGAUGGUAUAUUAGAGGGUAAUAAAAUAUAACAUGUUUGCAUUGCAGGGCAUAUUGGCUGAGUGCAUACAGGCUGUCUAGGAGAUUUAAGCUGAUUACAUGAUAAUUGAUCCAGCUCACACAGACACACAUCCCUCACAUAAAGUUGGGACAUCUGGCCACAGUGAGACCCAGUACCCACUGUACGCCUAGACAAACAUGCAAGCACGCACACACACAAAACAAAAAUGAAUCUGGCUUUAGGCUGUGCAGCGCCCCAGUUAAGACCCGUCUCACGCUCUUUGUAUCUGCGCUUUUAAAAAAAAAAGUCAACAGGAGAAGUAUGUCUGUAUACAAUGUCUUUGUCAGUAAUUUAGGCUGUCUGUCAAAGUGUAGGGUAUGUUCGCAGCACAGACCUCGAUUCAGUGGUAGUUUGGGGAAUUGUGGUUAAUUACAGAGCUGUAAGAUAUAACUAUAUAACCAUUUUAAUUCAAACAACUGAUGUCAAAUAUUAAAAGCAAACUUGAGCAGAUCUUAAUGGUGAAGUGAGAAAUUUCAGCACCACUAGGGGCACCAAAUGAAAUCAAGUAUUAAUGAUUUUCCCCUCAAAUAAGCCUGAUUUCAAUCUCUCACUGUUUGGCCAAACACUGUAGGUUGAGGAGUACAUUUGAAUUUGUUUCUGCACAGUUACUAUGGGUAUGAAAAAGUAUUAAAACAUAACACAUUAGUAACUGCUGCCCUUAAAGUGUGUGGUGUUUUUUUUUUACACAAAUAUAUUCAGGUAGAGUACCAUUUUAAUCACAACAUAUUUUACAGCUUAUAACCUUUGUUCUGGUGUCUUCACAAACAAAGCCUUUGUUGCCGCAAUAACUUUAAAAACUGCAAUUACAGUCAGUGAGCGCUGUUUAUGCAGCUGAACGUCAGAGCUAUAAUUGCCAGUCUGGUUUUAAUGGAGCAUUGUAUAUUCUUGAGCGAGCAGGAUAUAAGAGCAGAGAAAGAGAAUAAAGGAAGAGGCCACAUUCUGCCGAAGGGGUUUGAGGACCCUUCAUGCUCUUCAGCCCACUGACGAGAAAAAGCGAUCCGCAUUCACCAAACCAGACUGCAGUGUGGCUCAUGAGGCGGACAUUUACAAUAACAUAUCUGCUCAAACACAAGUGGGAAUAAUAGAGAGGUUGCUGAUAAGAAAUGACAUGGAAGAGAAGUGGGGGGUUAGGUCGGUGAAAACGUUUCAACAAUCACGAGCAUAUAUUGCAUAUACGUAAACAAGCAAACGUGUGAAUCAAAUGAGAUUGACAUUUAGAAAGCAAAGGACUAGAAAGUGCAAAGAUGCAGCAGUACGAAAGAGAGGAGAGGGAUCUUAAAGUGAAAGCAUGUGGCAAGAGUACCAACUAGAGCAGAAGAGAGGAAGGUUACGGCUAUGAUGACAGGACUAUAACAGUGUAUUGGUAAAAUUUGAGGGAAGGUACAGAAAGAAUGUAGGUAGUUAGGCCAGUGAUGGACCAACCCAAAAUGAGGGAUCAGAUGGAGUCAGAAACCUGGUUAUACCUCACAGAGAGGGUAUGAAUCCAAGAUCCUCUACUGUUUGGGCUCAUUUCUGGUGCUUAAAAGGGUCAUUAACAGUUUAUUUCUGUCCCCCAUACAUAAGAUGUGUUCUAUUUAUUAGGGUAAUUAAAAGUGAAAGCCAAGGCCGAUCAAAUGGCUAAUAUCAGGCCUAAUCUCUACUUGGCUAAAGACAGGAGCUGUAAAUAACUUAAUUCCAGUUUCAUUAAUCUUAAGUGAUUUUAAAGACAUAUUGAGAAAAAAGAAAUUCUAUGAUACACUUUAAAAAGUAUUUUGGCAAGAAUGUUUAAAUUAUUAUAAAGUCUAAGAGACUGCAAUUUGAUCCAAUAACUAUUAUUUAACUACACUCUGUAUUACUAUAGUUCGAAUACAAAAAAAAAAAAAAGUGGCACCAUUUUUUUAUUUUGUUAGUUUGUAUAAAUGUUGCAAAUCUUAGGCAUGACAUAACCGCAAAAUGUAUGCUUUAAACUAUAAGAACCAACUCAUAAUAGCCAUUAAGUUAAUCUUGACUACUCUGAUCAUGCUUAAGU